AACAACUCUAAGAACAAAGAAAACAUUUUGAGGCUAAAAUAUACUAAAUUGAAAAUGGCAUUCUCCAAGAGACUCGUAUUCGUGAUGAUCUUUACAGUUUUGGCUUUAGUUAAGCUCUCAGAAGCAGCUCUUGAUGCUCACUACUAUGACGGAUCUUGCCCUGUUGCCGAUAAAAUCAUACUUGAAAGUGUUAAGAAGGCUAUCUUGCAUGAUCCCAAAGUACCUGCUCGUCUACUCAGAAUGUUCUUCCACGAUUGCUUCAUCAGAGGUUGUGAUGCUUCUAUUCUACUAGAUUCGACCAACUCAAAGCAAGCUGAGAAGGACGGCCCACCAAACAUUUCGGUACGAUCAUUUUACGUUAUUGUGGAUGCUAAGACAAAACUUGAAAAGGUUUGCCCCGGUACUGUGUCUUCUGCCGACGUGAUCGCCAUCGCAGCUAGAGAUGUGGUCACCCUGUCCGGUGGUCCUUAUUGGAGCGUGCUGAAAGGGCGAAAAGAUGGUCGAACUUCGCGAGCCAAUGAGACAAUCAAUCUACCGGGACCAACGUUCAACGUGUCUCAACUGAUCCAAAGCUUUGCAGCAAGAGGCUUGUCAGUGAAAGACAUGGUUACACUCUCCGGCGGCCACACAAUAGGAUUCUCUCAUUGUUCUUCUUUCGAGGCCCGUCUUCAUAACUUCAGCAAGUUCCAUGACGUUGAUCCAUCCAUGAACUUUGCAUUUGCGCAAAGCCUAAAGAAGAAAUGCCCGAGAUCUAACAACCGAGGCAAGAAUGCAGGGACUGUCUUGGACUCGACAACCGCGGUUUUUGAUAAUGACUACUACAAGCAGAUUCUAUCUGGAAAAGGUGUGUUUGGGUCUGAUCAGGCGCUUCUAGGAGAUAACCGGACUAAGUGGAUCGUUGAAACAUAUGCUCGAGACCAGAAGGCCUUCUUCAGAGAGUUUGCAAUUUCCAUGGUGAAACUUGGGAACUUUGGUGUCAAGGAGACGGGAGAAGUGAGAGUCAAUCCUCGCAUCGUCAAUUAA